GGGUUGGGAUGGUUAGGUUUUAAACGGACUCGGAUACGGGUGGGGCAAAUUUUGCAGGUACCCUACCCGUUGCCAUCCCUCCACCGACCGAAGACUCCAAUCCUUCCUCCCUUCUCGGCCUUACUCGGAUCAAAACUCGAGCGUUUUCCUCAAAGCUAUUCUUGGAAUUAGGGUUCCGGCGUUGAUCCGGCAGCGGGAGAGAGGGGGAGCAGGAGAAGGAGAGGAUGGGAGAGCGCAAGGUGUUGAACAAGUACUACCCACCGGACUUCGAUCCGGCGAAGAUCCCGCGGCGGCGGCAGCCUAAGAACCAGCAGAUCAAGGUUCGCAUGAUGCUUCCCAUGAGCAUCCGCUGCAACACUUGUGGCACCUACAUCUACAAGGGCACCAAGUUCAAUUCCCGCAAAGAAGAUGUCGUCGGAGAGACGUAUCUGGGAAUUCAGAUUUUUCGGUUCUACUUCAAAUGCACCAAAUGCUCAGCUGAAAUUGCAUUCAAAACAGAUCCUCAGAAUUCGGACUAUGUUGUUGAAUCGGGAGCAGCUAGAAAUUUUGAGCCUUGGCGGGAUGAGGAAGAAGCAGUAGAACAGGAGAAGAAGAAAAGAGCUGCUGAAGAGAUGGGGGAUGCGAUGAAGUCACUAGAAAACAGAGCACUGGAUUCAAAGAGAGAUAUGGACAUACUUGCAGCGCUAGAAGAAAUGAGAUCUAUGAAGUCAAGACAUGCAACUGUGAGUGUCGAUAUGAUGCUAGAGACUCUAAAGCGUUCAGCCUAUGAAAAGGAAAAAGAAAUUGCAGAAGAGUUGGAUAAAGCAGAUGAAGAACUGAUCAAAUCGAUUGCUUUUCCUGGUUCAAAAAAUUAUGUCCGACGUAUACAGGAUGAUGAAGAUGAGGAUCUAGAUGAGGACUUUGGUCAGUCAUCUUCCAAUCCAUGCAAGUUACCAGAUGAUAAUUUAAAGAGGAAAAGUAAUUCAGAACUCUCAAGCGCAGUGGAAAAACCAACAGAUUCUUUGACAAAAGACAGUAUUUUAAACAGUUCUAAAGAUGGAGCAACUCCUGGUGGUUCUUCGGUUGCCAUGCCAAAGUUUAUAUUGAAACCACGGCCUGUGACAGAUGGGCCUUCCAAGAAGCCCCGGCCUUCUCCUAUGGAGGAUGACCAAUCAAGAGACAGACAAGAUGAUGAAAACAAUCAGACGGAAGGCAAUCAGAUGAUGAAUGGGCUUGCAUCUCUUUGUCAAAAUUAUGAUACAGAUGAAAGUGAUUGAUCAUAACAAUGUAAAAUUAUUAUAAUGAGGCCUAAUGCCUUUCAAUGUUUCUGCUAGAUGGUGGAAAUAUCACACGCACAUCAGGAAAUUGAGCUGCCGACAUAGAUGUAUGGGCAGAAAUUUGGAAGGUUGGGUUCGAUUUCUUUCUAGAAAAGGUGGAGGCAUCAUAGGUUAUGCUUGGAUAUGAAGGCUGCCGAGUCCUUGUAACUGAAAAGUAGAGAGGCUAUUACUAUGAGUUAAGCAGUGAAAAUAGCCUGUCUCAACCCUUUCAAAGGGCUCAACGGUUGUUUUGUACAACAAAAAGGUCAAAAAGGGGGCCAAACAUAUCUCUUGAUUGAUGUUCUAAUUUCUAUUUUGAUGGCCCCUUUUGUAUUCGCAUUUCUUGGUCUAAUCUGUUGGAUCAUAAA